AGCGGAAGUGGCGUCAGUUCCGGCCGGCGCAGGUGGAGGCGGAGCGCGGGCCCGCUGAGGUAGCGGCGGCGCCAUGUCCACAUCGCUGGGUUCCAACACCUACAACCGGCAGAACUGGGAGGAUGCGGACUUCCCUAUUCUGUGCCAGACAUGUCUUGGAGAAAACCCAUAUAUUCGAAUGACCAAAGAAAAAUAUGGAAAAGAAUGCAAGAUUUGUGCCAGGCCUUUCACAGUGUUCCGCUGGUGCCCUGGUGUUCGCAUGCGCUUCAAGAAGACAGAAGUGUGCCAAACGUGCAGCAAGCUGAAGAAUGUCUGUCAAACCUGUCUGCUUGACCUGGAAUAUGGUUUGCCUAUUCAAGUACGGGAUGCAGGACUCUCCCUUAAAGAUGAAAUGCCUAAAUCUGAUGUCAAUAAAGAAUACUACACCCAGAACAUGGAACGAGAGAUAUCCAAUUCUGAUGGCACUAGGCCAGUUGGUGCCCUGGGAAAAGCUACAUCUACUAGUGACAUGCUGCUGAAGCUGGCUCGGACUACUCCUUACUACAAACGUAAUCGUCCUCACAUCUGUUCCUUCUGGGUAAAAGGAGAGUGCAAGAGAGGAGAAGAGUGUCCCUACAGACAUGAGAAACCCACAGAUCCAGACGAUCCUCUGGCUGAUCAGAACAUCAAAGAUCGUUACUAUGGAAUUAAUGAUCCUGUGGCUGACAAACUCCUGAAGCGAGCAUCCACCAUGCCUCGUCUGGACCCCCCUGAUGACAAGACUAUCACUACACUGUAUGUUGGAGGGCUUGGAGAUACCAUCACUGAAUCAGAUCUCAGAAAUCACUUUUACCAGUUUGGGGAGAUCCGAACGAUCACAGUGGUGCAGAGGCAGCAAUGCGCCUUCAUCCAGUUUGCCACCCGCCAAGCAGCAGAAGUGGCUGCUGAGAAAUCCUUCAACAAGCUCAUUGUGAACGGCCGCAGGCUCAAUGUCAAAUGGGGAAGGUCCCAGGCAGCAAGAGGAAAAGAUAAGGACAAGGAAGGUACUACAGAAUCUGGGAUAAAGCUAGAGCCAGUUCCAGGACUCCCUGGAGCCCUCCCCCCUCCUCCAGCUGCAGAAGAGGAGGCUUCUGCAAAUUACUUCAACCUACCUCCGAGUGGCCCUCCAGCCGUGGUUAACAUUGCCUUGCCUCCUCCUCCUGGCAUUGCUCCACCACCACCUCCAGGUUUUGGACCACACAUGUUCCACGCCAUGGGACCACCACCUCCCUUCAUGCGAGCCCCAGGCCCCAUUCACUACCCAUCUCAAGAUCCCCAGAGGAUGGGUGCCCAUGCAGGGAAGCACAGCAACCCCUAGCACCUCCUGCCACCCUCCUCCUUGAAGUAAAUGUUAUUUUUUAGUUACUAUGAUAGCACCAUAUGUCGAGCUGUGGGUGAGCUAGAGCAGCCUUAUUUCCCUGCUUGCAGACGCUGGGCAGGCCGAGCUCCUUGUCUCUGCUAGCUAAUCAGAUUGUGGAUGCAUCCCAGAUCUUCCAUGUAGUGUUGAGGGGUGGGGGGUUUAGGGAGAGAAGGGGCAGACAGAAGGGCUGUCAGGAGUCUGUGGAUCGGGUGUACCAGAAUGACUGCUCUCGUGUAUCCCGUUUGCACACUUUUAAAUAAACUGCUGGAAGACACAAAACCAAACCCUUUUAAAGCCCAUCUGAUGUCCUCAGUCUGAACACCAUGGACUGUGUAAAGGUAACCAGAGACUCUUCUCUGUCAGGUAACUAAUGACUUAUUAUUCCAAUGAGGUAUUAAAGACCGAAUAAGA